AUGGGAGUCCCCCUCUCAAAAUACAAGUUCGCUGUCGCAUCGACCAACACUGGUCACAAUGGCACAGGGUUUGACGGUACCUUUGCUAUCUCAAAUGGAGAAACACAAAUCGACUUUGGAUACCGCGCAGUUCACCUUAGUACCGUGUUCUCCAAGGUGGUCGUCAAGAGCUUCUAUACCGAAGCAUCCAAAACGAAUUAUUGGCUCGGCUGUUCUUCAGGAGGCAAACAAGGUCUGAAAGAAGUACAAGCGUUUCCCGAAGACUUUGAUGGUGUACUGGCAGGUGCAGCAGCGCAGUGGUGGACUCAUCUUUAUUUAAUAGUGUCAUCUGAAUCUGGUGUCAAUCUGUUCAGAAAUGGCUGGAUGAUCGAAUCUCAUUUGCGCAAUUUACCAACAAAGGAAGGGUUCAUGAGUGCGAGCGAUUGGGCGCUCGUCCAUGAGCACACCAUGGAUGAGUGUGAUUUGUUAGACGGCGUACAGGAUGGAAUCAUUGAUAAUCCUCUGGUCUGCCAGCCAACAUUCGACUCGCUACGAUGUUCCCCAGACCAAUCGCAAAACGCUAGUAGCAGUGAUGCUACAACACUCUGCUUAACCUCACCACAGAUAUCGGUAGCGCGAUCUGCAUUUGAAGAUUGGGUCGAUGAGAACGGAUCCCUCCUAUUUCCUGCUUACGCUCAUGGUGCCGAAUCAUUCGCAAGCAUCGGAAUGUUCAUGCCUGCAGCACCAUUCCCACCAUCCACAGAUUUCUACAAAUACCAAGUAUUGAAUUUCACUCGGAUCAAUACGGAGUAUAAAUUCACUUCGAAAUCCCUCCUUGAGAUGCUCGCUGUUGCAGAUCAUACAAACCCGGGUCAGGCCAAUGCAAUCGAUGGUAACAUUUUACCUUUCAUCCAACGCGGAGGAAAAUUGAUGACUUAUACUGGAAUGGCCGGUUUUCCCCUCCUUGCAGAUCCUCUCAUUCCCAGCCGCUCUUCUAUAUGGUACCACGAUCAAGUUAAGAAGACAUUGGGAAGAGAUCCCAGAGAGUCCUACAGAUUAUUUCCAGUUCCUGGAAUGGGUCACUGUGGGGGUGGACCGGGUCCUACAAACAUAGGUGCAGCUGGACAAAGCGAGCUACCUCUCAAUGAAACGUUCCAGUCAUCUUCAUUUGAUCGCAAGCACGACAUGGUAUUGGCGUUAAUCGAGUGGACGGAAAAUGGGAAAGCUCCGGAUCACAUGAUCGCAACUAAGUUUGUCGAUGGUCAAAAGGAUAAAGGGAUUCAAUUUCAACGGAAAUUGUGUCCAUGGCCAUUGAACCGUGGCUCAUCUAUCUCGGCACAUAUAUCUUUUCAUAGGUUGCAAGGUAUGACGGGAGCGGCGAUUCAAACUCUCAUCAUAGCUACCAGUGUCGAGAUCAGUAAAAGAAUGUAUGUAUGCUGCCCAAAAUAUUGA